GCGUAGAAUUUUCUCCAACUUUCUAUCUCCUUUAAAUUAAAUGACGGAGGCGCUUUUUCAUAAAAAAAUUUUUUAAUUUUUCCCGAUUGGUUAGAAUUCUUUAAUUUGGUAUUGAGAAAAACACCUAUCUUUAACAGUAAAUAAUUAUAAAAAUGGCAACGGCCACUAGGAAUGUAAAAGCUAUAAUUCCACUUCUUGACCGCGUACUUGUUCAACGUAUUAAACCAGUACAGAAAACCUCCUCUGGUAUCUUAAUUCCUGAAAAAUCACUUGAAUCUUUAAAUGAGGGAGAGGUUAUUUCGGUCGGUAAAGGUGCAUUAGAUAAGGAAGGAAAACACGUUCCAAAUCAAGUAAAACCUGGAGAUCGUGUACUUCUUCCAUCCUACGGAGGUAGUACUGUUAAAGUUGGAGAAGAAGAAUAUACACUUUUCCGUGAUGCUGAAAUUUUGGCUAAAAUUGAGGAAAAAUAACUUGUUGAAUUUUAAUAAUUCAGUUCUUUUGAACAAUGGUGUAAUAAGAAAAUAUUAAUAAAUCAAACUUUAAACAAUAAUAAUUGUUUGAGGUCUUGUGGUAAUAUAGACCGAAUUUUAGUAUUUUUUUUAAUUC